UUGAUGUUUUAAAUUUCAGUUGGUUUCAAUUUCAACAUCAGAAAGUUGUCUAAUUUUUGCUUUUUUGUUUCACAGUUCAUAACCCUUUACUGCGUUUUUCAUAGUCUCAGUAGAAGCAACAUUGUUUUAAGAGCUUUUGCUUUUUUGUUUUGUACAGGACUAGAACAUUCAAAUAUUUUCUGCUUUUUCUUUUUAAUCUCCUUUUUUGUGCUUUUUGUUUUCUAUAUUUAUGGUUUGGUUUCAAUUAGAAUUGUAUAGUAUAAGCUGAGAAAAUUCAACCGUUCAUGUUUGUUUAUAUAUAUGCAGGUGUUGAGAAAAUUCAUUGAUCGCGUAUUCUUGAACUAAGAUGGAGAAAUCAUUCAACUCUGGUGAAAAUUCUGAUGCUGAUUAUCAUCCUUCGCGGUUGAGUGGUGAUUCUUUCGGAUACUGCCGCGUUUGGACAAGCUCGGAGGCAUCAAACUCAAAUUUCUCUGACUGUGUAGAUGAUAGCAGCUAUGCCAGUGAACCUUCUCCUUUUCCUUCGCCUUCGCCUUCUCGGUGGAGGGAUGUUAAACCUGGUCUCUCUAGGCUAGGAAUGAAGUUGCGCAAGCCUUCGGUCGAUAACAAACUUGAUGACAAUGAUCUUUUGGAUUCAGGUGAGGUUGAAAUGAUGAAGGAAAGAUUCGCGAAGCUUCUGCUAGGAGAAGACAUGUCUGGUGGAGGAAAAGGUGUUAGCACAGCAGUUACAAUCUCAAAUGCCAUUACCAAUCUCUAUGCAACGGUAUUCGGACAGAGUUUAAAGUUGGAGCCGCUGAAUCCCGAGAAGAAAGCCAUGUGGAAAAGAGAAAUGAAAGUUCUUUUAUCAGUGUGUGAUUACAUACAAGAAUUCGCCCCAACUGCACAAUAUUUAGAAGAUGGCACAAUUGUGGAGAUGAUGAAAAGCAGACCGAGGUCAGAUAUCUAUAUAAACCUCCCGGCACUGCAGAAGCUUGACACAAUGCUUAUAGAAAUAUUGGAAUCUUUUGAGGAUACUGAGUUCUGGUAUGCAGAGAAUAUAUCAGCAACUUCACCUCGUUUGCGCGCAGCAUCGUUUCGAAAGAUUGUUCCAAGGAAAGACGAGAAAUGGUGGUUGCCAGUUCCUUGUGUUCUCCCCGGCGGCCUCUCUGAGAAGUCGAGGAAGCAUCUAACAGAGAAAAGGGACUGUGCUAAUCAAAUUCACAAAGCCGCAAUGGCGAUAAAUAGCAAUAUUCUCGCAGAAAUAGAUAUUCCAGAAACAUACAUAGACGAUCUUCCAAAGCUGAAAUUCUAUUGCCAAGUGAUUGAUGAUUCCUUUAAAUGUGACCCUAUAAGGCAACUGUCUUGGAAUUUAUCAACAAAUUUGAUAAGCUUUUUAUGGAAGCCAAUAAUAGCAGCCGAGUCUUGUAGAAAUCGGGACGAUAUAAUUUCGUAUAAGAGUGGAAGAGGGAGUCUAGGGGACACAAUAUACAACUAUAUGUAUACGGCAGACAUGUUCUCACCUGAUCGCCUUCUUGACGGUCUGAAAAUAAGCUCUGAACAUGAAGCACUUGAUCUAGCAGACAGGGUUGAAUCCUCGAUGUAUACAUGGAGGCGUAAAGCUUGUCUUAGCCAUUCAAAGUCGUCAUGGAAAGAAGUAAAAGAUCUCAUGGAUGAAACAGAUUUGGAAGACAAAAACUAUAGUUUAGCUGAUAGAGCAGAAGCUUUGUUGUUUUGCCUCAAGCAAAGAUAUCCUGAACUUUCCCAAACUUCUUUGGAUACAUGCAAGAUCCAAUACAAUAAGGAUGUGGGAAAAGCGGUUCUAGAAAGCUAUUCAAGAGUUUUAGAAGGUCUAGCAUUCAACAUUGUUGCUUGGAUUGAAGAUGUUCUUUAUGUAGAUAAGACUAUGACGAAUCGAGAAGUCUAGAAACCACAAUUGUGUUUUACAACUCCAUAACAAUGUUUCUCUUCCAUUCAACAAUGUUUUGCAAACCAUAGAUUUGAGAGUAGACAGUUAGUAUCUAAUCUGCAAAAAGAUAGUUAGUAUUCACUUGCAUCUGUGAGAAGCUUGUUUGUCAACAGUAUAGAGAAGAAAGUUUCAACAUUUAGUUGAAAUUCAAAGCAUAAGAGUUAAUUUUCUGAA